GGUAUGCAUAAAGUGCUCAUUCAUUGCAUUGAAUCAGCGAUUUGUUUGAAUCGGCGAAGAGUUGGCCACUCAUUAGGUGUCUAACCAACGGAUCCCAAGAGAUGACAGAAGCGUACGUUUUGCGAGCUGUGGUCAAGUGUCACGAGGCGGACAUCCGGUGUGUCUGCGCUCUUCCGGGCGGUGGCUUUGUCACCGGUUCCCGCGAUAACACCUGCAAAGCCUAUCAGACCAAUGGCAAAAGCAAUGACUUCACAGAAGUGCAGAACCUGUUGGGCGCCCAGAACUACAUCUCAAGCGUUUGUUGUCUCCAUUCGGCCACAAAAACACUCAUUUAUGUCGGAAGUAAUGACUCAAACAUCUAUUGCUAUUCUCUGGAACACUCGGAACCGCUCCAUAAGCUUAUGGAUCACUCGGGAACUGUUUGCGCUUUGAGUGCAAGUAAUGACAAAUCUCUUAUAGCGAGCGGUUCAUGGGAUCUGACGUGUCGUGUAUGGAGUGAUAAUAAGUGUAAAGCGGUUCUCGCCGGACACGAGGGGUCCGUUUGGGCGACCGGUUUUAUAGGCGAGUAUGUGAUCACCGGUUCGGCCGAUAAGACACUUAAACUAUGGAAGUUUGAGACGAAGAUUGAAUGCGUGGAAACAAUGAGAGGACACAAUGACUGCAUUCGAGGGAUUGCUGUCAUAUCGGACACGAAUUUCCUCUCGUGUUCUAACGACGCCUCCAUUCGGGAGUGGAAUCUAAAGGGAGAGACAAUCAGAGAGUUUGUCGGACACGAGAACUAUAUCUAUUCCGUUGCGAACAUAAUCUCUGGCCAUGAGUUUGCGACCUGUGGUGAAGACCGAACGGUCAGGAUUUGGAAUAAUACGGAAUCCAUUCAUUCAGUUCAGACCAUUCGACUCCCGGAGACCACUCUUUGGUCACUCACCAGACUUUCAAACAGUGAUUUAGUGAUCGGCUCCUCAACAGGAAGGCUAUACAUCUAUACGCGCGACGAGUCUUUGGCGGCAAAGCCUGAAAAAGUGAAAGAAUUAGAGGAAGAGUUGGCUAAAGCGACGGUUCCUUUGGCCGAAAUUGGAGACAUGAAAGUGAAUGAUUUGCCCACUCCUGAGGCACUACUGGCGCCGGGAAAGAGAGACGGACAGACGAAGAUGGUUAAGGACGGCAACAAAGUGACUGUUCAUAACUGGGACGCCAAGAAGUUUGAAUGGGUUAAGAUCGGCGAAGUGGUGGGCACUCCCGGCCCCGCCAAUGAUGCGUCCAAACGGCAACUUCAUGACGGAGUGGAAUACGAUUACGUCUUCUCCAUAGAUGUGGAGGAAGGGAAGCCUCAGCUUAAACUGCCCUAUAAUCUAACACAAGAUCCGUGGACUGUAGCGCAGGAUUUCAUUCAUAAACACAAUUUGAGUCAAACAUAUUUGGAUGAAAUCGUGAAUUUCAUUACGAAAAAUUCGGAUCGGAAUUUGGGCCAAUUCUCUGGCGGACAAAAUUUGGACCCUUUUACCGGUGGUUCCAGUUAUUCGACUCAACCGAACGGAUUGUCUCAACCGAUGGACACAUCCGAACCGACUGUUGUGGCGAAUGCUUAUUACCCACAAAAGGCUCAUCUGUUGUUUGAGUCGCAUAGCAUUGAAGGCAUUGCCAAGAAGUUGAAGGAAUUCAGUCAAGACUUACCGCCGGAACUGAAACUCGAGAACAAAGACAUUGAAUUGCUAUUAAAACUGUCAGAUUUUACACUUGAAGUACAGCCGCAACAGUUGAGACUCAUUCGGAUAAUGCUUGCGUGGCCUAAGAAUAAAAUAUUUCCAGCACUGGAUUUGAUUCGUUUAAGUCUAUUAUUGCCACAAAUAAACGAAGAUUUGUGCGCCUCUAAGGACUCGUUGCGAUUGAUUGACACUUUGCUUGUGUGCGGAACUGAUGCCAACUCGACUCCUAACCAAUUGGUUGCGUACAGAGCGUUGGCCAAUAUGUUUGCGCACACAGUCGGAGAGCAUUUGGCAUUCGCAAUGUAUUUUGUAACACAAAAGCAAAUGGGAUUAGAAUUGCCUCAAAAUCUAAGCCCUGAUAUGAUUCCACCGACUCUACGGCCAAAACCCGUUGGAAUCGAUUCUAUCAAUGCCUUAGACUUGAAAACGAAUGGAAAGUCAGAAAUUCCUGCCCUUCAGUCCACUGGCAAUAAAGAAUUGGAUGAUAUGUCGGAAGAAUUAAAAGAACUCCAAAUAGAGAAAUUACGACUGGAAUCUGAGUUGCAUUCAGACGAAGCGAGUAUUAGACUGAAAGAGAGCGAAAUAAAGAGCAUUCAAAACGAAAUCGAAACUUUACACCAAAUGCUUAAACAACUCGAUUCGCAGAAGUCUGAGGCGAGAAAACGAUUGGACGAUUUGGGGGCUCAGGUUGAGAAUCUGACCCAACAAUUAAACGAUCAAAAAACAAAAGUUGAGACACAAGAGAGUGAACUCUCGACUAAACGCAAAGAACUCGAAGAAUUGAAAUCAGAGGAAACUAAACUCGAGUCCCAAUUGGACUCAAUUCGAAAGGAAUCGCAAAUGUUGUCGAAGAAUACGGGCGACACUCAACUCGAAAUCAGUCAAAUCGGGACCAAAAUUGUGGAGUUAGAAGAAUAUGAGAGGAGAGUCAACGACGCCAUCAAUGAAUACGAUUCAGCGCUUUCUGCGCAAGAUUUGGUCAAAAUAUCAAAUUUGUUGCCGAGAACUCUGACCCCUCCUCUCGUCGAACCCGAACCGCAAUCAGAGUUCACACAAAACGGUUUCAAUGCAUUUGCAAAUGAACCGGAGGUCAAGGAAACCGCUGUUGGCUUUACAAGCGAUCCAUUUGCCGGAGAGGAUCCGUUCAGAGAAGACCCGUUCAAGAGUGAGAAUAAAGGCGACGAUCCGUUCGCUUCCAACAGUUUUGCGAACUUUAAUUCCCAGGAGGCGUCCAAAGGGGCCUUCGAUCCAUUCGGAACCGGAUCUUUCACUGCCUCUAAUAAACCCGAUCCCUUCGGUUCCGAUCCGUUUGCUUCGCAAGCGAUUCCAUCGACCGUUAGAUCGGAGAGUCCGACACCAGAGCUGCCGCCAAAGAAGAGCAAAGCGCCGCCUCCACGACCCGCACCACCGAAACACGCGAGCAAAACGCCACUCCGGGCGGCGCCGGCGCCUCCCAUCACAUCGAGUUCGGACACUGCGGCGAAAAGCGAUCCGUUCAGCUCAAGUCAGCCACCAUUUGAUCCCUUCAACGACAACAAAGAUGCUUUCGGUUCCUCUAAUUUCGCCAAUUUUGCGAACUUUGAUAAGCUCAAGUCAGCCACCAUUUGA